AGAGCUUCCUCACUCCUCUUUGAUAAUGCUGUCCACCGUUCAGAUCGCCGUCGUCGCGGCCGCCUUCGUGCAGACCGCGUCCGCCUACUCGAGCUACAUGGAGCUCAUCCCGAACGGCGAAAACAUCGGCAAGUCGCUGGGCCACACGGACACGGGCUACUCGGACUUCGGCCAGCUCUUCUCGGACGACGGCACCGAGUGGGCCACGGUCUGCUCCAAGACGUGGCCCGGUGGCUCCGUCACGUGCGGCCAGGCCCUGGGCGACCCGUGCUGCACCUGGACGUCGGGCGACCCGGACUACACGCUCACGGAGCCCAACACGGACGGCACCACGUGCGCGUCCGCGUCCACGGCCACCAGCACGGCGGCCAGCGCGACCCAGGAGGAGACCACGACCAGCGCCGCUCAGGAGGAGACCACGACCAGCGCCGCUCAGGAGGAGACCACAACCUCGACCACGACCAGUGAGGCGGCCAGCGGCUCCACGGACGACUCGGCCACGCAGCAGGCCGCCAGCAGCAACACGACGGACAACACCGCUGUGACGGACUCGUCCGAGUACUGCGAGUAAGCUUAUAGC